AUGUCUGAAUUGCAACAUGUGCAGGAGGUCUCAGAGUACGAGUACUUGUAUGAAGGGUUGUCGGACGGUAUUGAGCCCGGGAGUAUUGAAGAACUCGAGUUGUCCACGUUAAACGAUGAUCAUACACUGGCCGCAGCCUUGCCUUCGGCUAUGCUCGACCUGUCUGAUUUCGAGAGCGGAGUAGGUGAUGCCGUGGCACCGCCACCACCACCUCCUCCACCACCGACAAUUGGUGGCGCAGGACUCAUGGCGGGGCACGGGCAGCACGGGCUCGGCGCUGACCAACUCCAGCCGCACUGGCAGCCUCAGCAUCCGCUUGGAGUCGCUCCUCUGGACGGCUAUCUCGGUGUUGGUGUCGCAACUCACUCAGCAUUCCAACCUGUUGCUCCACCUUAUAGUAGUGCCUUGCCUGCUAUGGCCUACAAUGCUCAUCCUCAACUGCCGGCCAACAACGGGAUUCAUUCAAACACCUUCAAGAACAGCUCUUCGCCGGAACCUGAUGAAAGUAAUGCGGUGCAACCCCGCGAGGGUAGGCCUCACCGACGAGGCUAUCAAGCCUGCCAGCGAUGUCGCGAGCGCAAGGUCAAGUGUGACUUAGGCAGUGUUGAUGCGCCCACGGAUCCCCCUUGUAAACGAUGCCUGCGCGAGCGUUUGCAGUGUGAGUUUGCUCCCACCAGAAAGAAACAAAAGAAGUCGGACGGCACUGCAAGAGAUGUUUCCGAACCAUUUGACAAUGGAGAUGCCCCAACUUUAAAUGUAAAUGAUGGCCUGUCACCGUAUAUCCUUCCACCGGGCUCCCAACCGUCAACUUCUGCCGCUUCAACAACCAACGGCUUUGCUCGUAAAUCGUGGUCACCUCAGAUGUCUCAGAACGCCGGAACAUCUGUCACCUCUCAACCUCGCAGCGAUCCUCGUCGCUCGCAGGUUCCUACCACGUAUCCCACUUCGACAGGGAAACAGCCUGCCUCCGACGUUCAGCUGCACAGUCAGGUAGCUGCUGCAACUUUGGGCGCUCCAGUAUCAAGUACUCAAGACAGUAUCAUGCUCUUGGUUGAUGCUGCAAACGUUUUCGAAGAUGUCGGUCCAGGUGACAAAGACAGCCCUCUCUCCGAGCGAGGUGGACGGAAGAAGACGAUUUCAAGUCUUGGUCACGGCGGCCCGGAGCAACCUCUAGGUCUGGGCCUAUCUCCAACUGAGCAGGCGGAGCAGGAAGCGGGUCUGAAGACCUGGUCACAGAUGCGCUUUGUCCGCAACGGCUGGUUCACCGCGUGGGAAGCCAUGCAAUAUGUUGAAUAUUUCUACGACAAGAUGGCUCCCAUGACUCCGGUCGUGUUUCCAGAUUUCAGAUCGCCCAUAAAGCAUCAUGUUCUGCUCGCUGACGAGCCCAUUCUAGCGCUGGCCAUCCUCGCCAUCGCUUCACGUCAUAUGCGCCUCUCUGGUCACGCCGCCAUGUCACGAUCAUAUCACAUUCACGACAAGCUCUGGACUCACCUUCGUCGCCAGGUGGAGCGGCUUCUCUGGGGCCAGGAACAGUUUGGGGGAGGAUUCUGUGGUGGCGGUAAUAGUGCAAAGAUCCAGGAGUCAAACACCGGCCAAAUCACUUGGCAAGGCAGCCUGCGCACUUUGGGCACCAUUGAAGCUCUUCUUUUGCUGACAGACUGGCAACCACGUGCUCUGCACUUCCCACCUGGGGACGAAGAGAAUGGCCUUCUUGAUCACAGCCUGAUCGUCACAAGCGAGGUGAGUGCCCAGGCUUCCACACAACUAGAUGAGCGGGGAAGCAUGAGAGACUAUGACAAUCUCCCCUAUGCAAGCUGGCUUGAACCUGCGUGGAGGUCUGACAGGAUGUCCUGGAUGCUUCUUGGACUUGCUCAAAGUCUUGCGUUUGAACUUGGUGUCUUCGACACGAACCACUUCAACUGCCGUCAUCAGCAUGGUCCCGAGUCCGACUGUGCGCGGAAGAGACGCAUCCGGCGCCUAGUGCUUGUUUAUGUCGCGCAGACCAGCGGCAGGAUGGGCGUUCAGUCUUCUGUCAAUGUCGACGAAUGGGAAACCGACGUAAUCUGGGAUAAAACCAGCCCGAAACAAGACCAUCCGAUCGAUCUGAUGCAAGGAUGCUGGGUGCACGUGGCCAAGAUCAUGAACCAAGCAAAUCGGCAAAUUUUUCGGUCGCACCGGUUCACGAGAGAGCUUACAACAACUGGAAGAUACAAGGAAGCAAUCGCGAAUUUCGCUCCUCUUCUCCAGCGUUGGAAAACCGACUUCGAGAAAGUGAAAAUCCACAUCCACCCUGUCAUGCACUGCAUCUUACUCAUGGAAUAUGAAUACUCUCGUCUGUACAUCAAUUCACUUGGGCUCCAGAAGGUUGUGGAGUCUUGGAUAGAAGGCGGGGCGACCAUGCGCAAGUCCACGCUGCUCAGGAUUUCGGAAGAGAACAAACCGUACAUCGAUGAAGUCACUGAAGCCGCUCUCAACAUUCUCAGCCUCGUCAUUGACGGUAUUGCAGCCCCAGGCUUCUUGAGAAACGCGCCUGUCCGUACAUAUCUUCGAAGCCUGUCGGGCAUGAUGUUUACCCUCAAGCGCUUCAGCUUGGGCACUCACGAAGGGCUGGUACGAAACUGCCUCCAGCAGCUCGAUAAGAUCACCGAGCUCUUGUCCAAAGAAGUCGUUGACGACGUGCACCUAGCCCAGUCAACGUCUCGACUCGUGCAAAAUAUAGUACGCAACGUGAAGCAGACGAUGAUCCGAGUCCAGCACCCUGGCACAGGAUCUGCAGGUCCAAGCCGUGAACAGUCCCGCCCACAAUCUCCGCAUGUCCAUGGACAUGAUGGCGCAAAUGAUCAGUCGCAACAACAGCAGCACCAUCACCACCACCAGCCACAACAGCCACAACAUCUACCUCAAGCUAGCAACUCAAUCCAACCCAAGCUCGAGUUCUACGUAAACGACCCUCUCGCAGGCAUUCAAGCACGACCAAUGGCAGACUUGGAUUCCCAGACAUUCGUGCCUCCUCCCAAUUUCGGGGGGGACCAUGAUAUCGACUUUCCCCUACCGGAUGAUGUCAACAUGCACUCCGCCAUGGCCGACCUUUCGAGCGGCGAUUGGCUUGCACUACCGCUUGAUAAUCUCUGGGGAAGUGACGAAGCGAUUGUGGAUCAAGGAUUUGGCGGCAUCGGUCCGACGUUGGGUGGUCGAGACUUGCUUGAAGCCAUCACCAAUCGUAACUACAGCCAGAUGCAAUGGAGCAACAACACGUUUGGCUACGGAAAUAUAUAA